ACUUUUUUCCUGUCUUCCGCUCUCUCCUCUCGUUCGCCUCGCGCUCUCUCUCUCUCUCUCUCUCUCUCUCUCUCUUUUCCCGGCUCGCCGGCCGUUGAUUGCAGCAACAAGGAAGCAAGAUGGCGUCGGCGGGCGGAGAUUGCGACGUGAUUAUGGCGGCCGCCCCGACGGUGGCUUCGCAUCCUGAGGCGCCGGUGAUGCUGGGCGACGAGGACGAGGAGUCGGAGACGCGGAGAGAAGCAGAAGCCUACAAGGAACAAGGGAAUGUCUUUUAUGCUAAGAAGGACUACAAUGAAGCAUUCAACUAUUAUACAAAAGCCAUAGAUACGUGUCCCAGCAAUGCGAGUUACUAUGGAAACCGAGCUGCCACUCUCAUGAUGUUAGGCAGAUACAGGGAGGCUCUUGGAGAUGCCCAGCAUUCUGUCAGAAUGGAUGAUACCUUUGUGAGGGGACAUCUACGGGAAGGAAAGUGCCACCUAUCUUUAGGGAAUGCCAUGGCUGCCAGCCGCUGCUUCCAAAGAGUUCUAGAACUUGAUCAUAAAAAUACACAGGCCCAGCAAGAGCUGAAUAAUUCCAGAACUGUCUUAGAGUAUGAGAAAAUAGCUGAAGCUGACUUUGAUAAACGGGAUUUCCGAAAGGUUGUCUUUUGCAUGGAUCGUGCUCUGGAAUUUGCCCCUGCAUGCCAUCGAUUCAAAAUCCUCAAAGCAGAAUGCUUAGCGUUGUUGGGUCGCUAUCCUGAAGCGCAAUCAGUUGCCAGUGACAUCUUGAGAAUAGAUUCCACAAAUGCUGAUGCCCUCUAUGUGCGAGGGCUUUGCCUUUACUACGAGGACUGCAUUGAAAAGGCUGUGCAGUUCUUCGUCCAGGCUCUCAAAAUGGCUCCUGACCAUGAUAAGGCCUGUCUCGCCUGCCGCAACGCCAAAGCGUUGAAAGCAAAGAAAGACGAUGGCAACAAGGCCUUCAAGGAAGGCAAUUACAAGCUAGCUUUUGAACUUUAUACAGAAGCCCUGGCAAUAGACCCAAAUAACAGGAAAACCAAUGCCAAACUCUACUGCAAUCGGGGAACGGUUAACUCAAAGCUUCGGAAGCUGGACGAAGCAAUAGAAGACUGUACAAGUGCCAUCAGACUGGACGACACAUACAUUAAAGCUUAUCUGAGGCGAGCACAAUGUUACAUGGAUACAGAGCAAUAUGAAGAUGCUGUAAGGGAUUAUGAAAAGGUUUACCAGACAGAGAAGACUAAAGAACACAAGCAGCUCCUCAAAACUGCACAGGUUGAACUCAAGAAAAGCAAGAGGAAAGACUAUUAUAAGAUCCUGGGUGUUGACAAAAAUGCCUCUGAAGAUGAGAUCAAAAAGGCAUAUCGGAAGCGGGCCCUAAUGCACCAUCCAGAUCGACACAGUGGUGCAAGUGCUGAAAUCCAGAAAGAAGAGGAAAAGAAAUUCAAAGAGGUCGGCGAAGCCUUCACCAUCCUUUCAGAUCCAAAAAAGAAAGCCCGUUAUGAUAGUGGACAGGAUCUUGAGGAAGACGGCAUGAAUAUGGGAGACUUUGAUGCCAAUAAUAUCUUCAAGGCUUUCUUUGGAGGGCCAGGAGGCUUCAGUUUUGAAGCUUCUGGACCUGGAAAUUUCUUUUUCCAGUUUGGCUAAACUGCAGAAGAAUCCUGUUUCAUCUACUGAAACCCACACUUUACCCGACCUGCUUCUUUUAACCUUGAGUUAUGUUCUCCCUUCAUCUCAUCUCGCCGUUUCUUAGGGCUGUGGCGUUUUCUCCGUUGGAGACCUCAGUUUUUUGUGUGUGCUUUAGAGUGUGAUGAGAAAACCAGCGCUUGGAGACAAGGGGGAGGGGGCAGUGAAGGAAUAUCAUUUUUUGUUUGUUUUAUUGUUAACUUUAUUAAAGAGAGAGAGGGAGAGAGAGAAAUAAAACCUUUUGAUAAAUGAUUUCAAACUCCUGAGCUACUGGGACUUAACUGGGGGAAUCCUCACUUACUUAGAACGGCCUGAGACUUUUCUCAAGGGCAGCUGGACACGACAUGCCUUCAUAUUUAUGUGAGUAAUUGAGAACCUGAUCAGAUUUUCCUCACUUUGGUUUCAUCACCCUGGCUGUAGCCACACUGAACUGUGUUUGCAAAGGCAAUUGAGAAACCCAGGCGUAGAGCUGAGAUUGAUACCGUUACUCCCUGAGAUCUUCACUUUUGGAAUGAAGGCAAAAAACCUUCUUGUUGACACUUCUAAUACCUCCAGAAAGUCUCAUUUAAUUUCAAGGGACAGUUUCUUUCUGCUUCCAGUUCUGGAGUACUUCAGGGAAAUUGUUAAGGGCUUGAUUUCACACAAGAGAUGUUUGUCAUUUACAUCAUGACCCCCAGCUCAACAAGUAAAACCUAGCUCCAUUGGAAAGCGCAUGCUGUCUUGAGUAAUAACAAAGGCUCUGAAUGGGCAGAGGGGGCUUGGAUCAGCAGUGGCCCUUUCACACACACAAAUCAUCACUGAUGGCACAGUUCAUACCUGCAAAUGCAAACUUAGUCAAAGUGUUGCAACUUUCCUUUGACAAAUAAAUUGGAAUAUCAAAAUGCAUGUAUGGUCGAGAGGAUUUCUCAGGAUUGACCAACUACAUGUCCUGCAUUUAGAAGAAGAGUAUCUUAAUUAUUUUAGGGGAAGGGCUCCUGUGUCUGCUCCGCAGCCCUCGCUUGUAGCAUGUUAUGAAGUCGCUUCUACGAGUGCCUCCAAAUACAAUUCUUUGCGCGGAGAGCCGAGAUCACAAUAUUCUGGGAUAUUCUUUGUAUUGAUGGAGCCUCAUAUUUCUGAGCUGAGUUGCUCAUCUUGACAUUAUCAAAUGGGUUGUUUUGUAAGAUGACAAUUUGUAAUUAAAAAAAAUAGCAGCCAGCCACCCUGGAAUUGCUGGUUGUCCUGUGUGUUAGUUUUAUCGUAUGCUGGACUAAUAAUUAUAUUGACCAUCCCAAGUGACUGCUUUCAUGAUACCUCCUUCUUUUGCCGUUGUUUCAUAGUAGCAAAAGAUCAGAAGCAAACUAUCUUCUUCCUCACAAGGCUUCUAGUUUUCACACUCUGGCGGUUUCUUCCAAUAUUAAGGACAAGCUUAUGGUGUUCACCUCAGAUCAGCUGAGAAAGGAGGUGUAUAUCAUCAUAGACCUGAACAUCUUUGGCCACCUUCCUGUCCAGAACUAUUUAAUCAACCAACCCUGAAAUGCGGAGGAUUUUUUUUAAUGAGUAAUUACCCAGAGACUUGUUUUUGUGCAAUAACUAGAAUGAUGUUCUGUGAAAUGUUAGCCAACCAUCAGGCAAUGUUUUAGAAUGCGUUGAGAUCAUGGCUUGAGAUUUUCUUCUAUUUUUUCAAGUUCUACUUUUGGCUCUUGGCAGUUUUUGAUCUUCAUUCAUUUUCAUUCCCCUCAGAGGAACUCAAAAGAGAAACAAUGGCAAGGGAUGCAAUCUACUGGAAGAUGCCCUACAGCUAUUGCACUCUGGUCUGACAGGUGUAGAGAGUGAGGGUUAGCAUUUGGAGAAGGAACCAGGAACACAGUUAUCUCAGUAAUGUGAAAAUCUUUCCAUGAUGCCUCCUGGGCAGGGAAUAUUGCUACCUCUGAUUUAAAGUUGCAUUUUGUAGUCACACUAAUAGAAUUUAUUUCAUAGGCUGAGUAUACACAUCCGGAACAUAAAUAAUGUUGGAUUCCGUGCAUCAUUCACUAACAUUAAAAAAUGUGAUAUUUGUUCAGUAACUGGCAGAAAAAAAGCAAUACCUUUUGGGUGUUGGGUUAUGCUGAAAGAUCUACCAGCAAAACCUUCUCUUCAGAGGCCAGAUAUUACCUUCCACAUGGAAAAGUAAAAUUGCAUCAUCCUGUGAAUUUCCCCUCCUAAAUAUCUUGGCAAAAUGAAAUAGCUUUGACUUUAAAUGUCAAAUGAAGAUUGUGUAAGUUCAGUAGAUAGCGACCUGGUCCUCUGACCAGCUGAACAGCGGGAGUUGUUUUAAAGCUUAGGAUGUUGCUUUCUCAUCUUAAAAUGUGUGUAUUCCACAAACAGUAAAAGGUUUCUGAGAAUUUGCUGUUGUUUGUAAACUUGGAAACUGGUGAGUGCCAAUUUGAAAACUAUUGUCUUGUUUUGCCUUUACUAUAUUUCUGGAUCUUGAACGUCAGCCUCUACUCAAAGCAGCCCUGAACGGAGUCUUGUCGAUACCUACUUUCUUUGCAUUAUAGAGCAUUGUGUGUAGAGUGUACUUUAAAAGUUCUCCAUCCUGGUGUGGCAUGCUAGAACUUUGCAUUUUAUUCUUAGCUGUUGGACCUGCAUUUCAGAAUUACCAGACAAAUUAUAUUACUGAUGGCCCCAUACUCAUUUUCUAACUGUCUCCGAGACCUGAUGGAGUACACCUGCAGAAAGAGAAGGAGGACGAGGAAUCCUCCGAUUAUAGAGUGACUAUUGGGGAAAAUAAAAUCCUCCCUAUGUAAACAUAAAAUAGAAAACAGGUACAGAUGCGAGCUUCCAAUUUGUUCCUCACUAUGCCAAGUUUUCUUCCAGGACUUUUUUAAAAACAGAAGCAUUAAACACAGCAGCCAUCACUUGCAGUCUCAAUUGUAUCAUUGACUUUGUCAUUUUAUCCUGCUGCUUUUGUAAGCCUGGCAUUAAUGGGAGGAAACAAGGCUUUCUAAGGAUGAGCCAAGGAGCAGCUUCCACUACUUAGGAGCUCCUGGUCUCAGGACAGUAUGUGAAAGGAAGUUGUCAUUGUGCCUCAAAUAUUUGCAACCCCUUUUUCUCUCUCUCUAUACAUUGCCUGGUCAUCCUUCCUUGCAUGAAUUGUGUCCUCCUAGCUAUACAGAAACAUUAACAAGGAAUACCUAAACAGAGGGCAGAUGAGCCACUACUGAAGCUAUUUGGAGAGGGGUUAUUUAGCUAUUCAUAUUAUACUGUGUUAAACCUCAGUGUGAGGACCUAGCCUCCCUGUUGAGACGUUUGUUGCAUGAACUGUUUUAGAAGAGCUCCCUGGCCCCCUCCUUCCUCUCCUCUCUCCCGGGGAUAUGGCUUCACACAUAAACAAUACACUGUCCCACUGGAACACUUUCACCUUUCUAAGAUGACGAAAAGUCAAGGAGAACACAGACUUGUGACUAUUUGAUCGGCAGGAUUCAUAAUGUGUUUAUACGCAAAAUUUCAAAACCAGACUGAAGCAAAAACCAUAUGCAAUUGAUAUUAACUUUAUUAUAAACUGUAUAUGAUGUACAAAACAAAAAUAAAACACUCCAGAUCUCA